AUGUCCUGGCAAGGCUACGUCGACACGAACCUCGUGGGUACCGGCAAGGUUUCCAAGGCUGCGAUUAUCGGUCUGAAGGGCGGCGUGUGGGCCACCUCGGCCGGAUUCACGAUCAGCCCCGAAGAGCAGCAGGCGAUUGUCAAGGGCCUCGACGACCCCACGCCGCUGCAGGCGAGCGGCAUCUAUGCCAACGGCAAAAAGUACCUCACGCUGCAAGCGAACCCCCGGUCGAUCUACGGCAAGUCGGGUGGUGACGGUCUGUGCGUUGUCAAGACGAACCAGGCCGUGUUGGUCGCCGCGUACGAGUCGCCGCUGCUCCCGGGCGACGCGAACAAGGUGGUCGAGGGCCUCGCGGACUACCUGAUCUCGGUUGGGUAUUGA